AUGGGCCUGCGAAAACAGCCCCCGCCGCGUCUGGAGAACAUUAGCAAGUCAAAUCCUCGAUCGGACGCACGCUCACCUAAAUUACCCAACUCUGCAUCCUCCCACCGCACUCGUUUGAACCGAUUUCCUUCUGAGGACUCUAUCUACUCCCCCGAUCUCAACACUUCACCUGCAUUUGACCUGAUGCCACUUGAGGAGGCACAACGGUCGCCGAUGGGGUCUCCAACCAACCAGCCGCCGAACCCAUGGCCAAAUAAUAACGGAACGCCGGAUGAUAGCCGCUCCGGUCAGUGCAAUCAGUAUGAGAGCGCAUACCGGGAACCUGAAAUUAUCAACGGGCACUGGGCUUCACCUACGUUGAUAACAGGGCAACAACAAGGAGCGGCCGAGAAUGUCUGGCGGGCAACGUCCGACGCUGGUCAGGCUACGACUGGGGAGUUACCAGUACAGCUACAGUCAAACAACCCGUUCUUGAAGCCAAGGCCGGCAGAUCGUACUCAAGAACUUUUAGAUUCUAAUGAAUGGGGCCGUGAUUCACAUGGAACUUUAAAUAGUGAUUCCUUGAGCCUAACCGAGGGGUAUAUUCCGAUGACUGCACGGCUCUCUCUUUUAGAUGAGCCCAACCAAGAAUCCCCUUGGGCUGAUACCCCUCGUGCUCAUCCUAAUUCUGAACAACGCGCCGUGCUAGGCGGCCAGCAACUCGAUGAUAACUCACCGUGGGGGUCUCAACAGUCCAUCAAGGUCUCAGCCCCGCCGGAGAUAUACCUGCAAGGAAUGCAAUCUAAUCCAUAUGCCCCGGCUGUUUCCAUGCAACCUUCUGACCCGUCUGAUGCCGAUAACCAUUCCCGCGCACAUGUUAAACCUUCAUACAGUUCAGGGAGACUGGGAUCGGAUGCUGAAAUCAAUACUUCAUCUGUUGCUCUCUCUAGUGGGACCCCCGCUACAUCCCGUGAAUCGAGUGAUUUGGGUGUGCUGGGUGCCACUGGCAAUUCGGAGGUCAAAAAAGGAUCUCAUGUUGCGUCUUCGUUGUACUCAGAACCAGCCGUGAACGGAGCAAGAUCUUUGUCGGAUAAACAAAAACUCCCAUCUUCCAUAGUGCAACAGCCACAACCCCAAACAACCCCCAUACUAUCUGCCGCAGAUGCUGCAAAGCAAAAGGAGCAGAGAUCAGAAACUUAUACUAUUCGACACGUCCGAUGGACCGAUCAAAGUGGUCAGCUGGUGGAGUCUCCGGUUUUGGUCCAAAAUCAAAACGGGCCCUGUCCACUGCUGGCCCUUAUAAAUGCAUUGGUGCUGCGAGCGAAACCCAACACUCACCCGCCGAUUGUGAGAGCUUUGUCCACCCGCGAGCAAAUUUCUCUGGGCCUGCUAAUCGAGGCGAUGUUUGAAGAACUGACAAUCUGCCUGGGUCCUGAUGAGGAAUUUCCGGACAUCGAGGCGCUCGCUCAAUUCCUGACAAUGCUGCACACGGGAAUGAAUGUCAACCCACGCUUGAUAAUGGACUCUACUGAAGGAUUUGGCACUUUCCUCGAAACUAGUGAUCUUCGACUGUAUAGCACGUUUGGUGUACCAUUGAUUCAUGCCUGGUUAGCCCCUUGGUCUAGUUCUACCCAUGCUGCAAUGUCACGCACUGCUCAGUAUUACGAGGACAUUCAAAUGCUGCCUUUUCGCAGACAAGAGUUUGAGGACCGAGUGGCUCGAGGCGAUACUCUUCAAGCCGAGGAAGAGAAUACCAUGGCGGAUAUCCAAACCAUCCAACGAUUUGUGGAAAUUGAGAAUCCGACGCAAUUAAGUCCGUUUGGCUUAACGCAACUCUCGACUAAACUUGCUCCUGGAUCUUUCUCCAUUCUUUUCCGCAAUGACCACUUCUCGACUCUAUAUAAACACCCGCAAUCCCAUCAACUCUACACCUUAGUUACCGAUGCCGGCUAUGCGGGUCAUGCCGAGGUAGUUUGGGAAUCUCUUGUCGAUGUGACAGGCUUCAACACAGAAUAUUACUCUGGCGACUUUCGCCCCGUGGGCGCUGGCCCUUCGACCCCCUCUGUUCCUGGCCCCGCGUCCCGAGCACCAAAUGAGCGCACUCAGUCUCCAAAUGCGAAUGAAGUAUCGAAAUCUCCCGAGCCAACUCAAGAACAGAGUGAUGCAGACUAUGCGUAUGCGCUCUCGCUACAGUUCCAAGAAGAAGAGCAACGCGAAAAUGCCAGGACCGAGCAGGCUCGCGAUCGUCGCACGUCUGCCCCGAGUAAUCCAUUCAAUCGACCAUCUCCUUCACCUCGCUUGAGCAAUGUACCUGCUCGAUCUUCAAGCAUUGCAGUGGGUUCUCAACCUAGACCUCCACAACAUGGGCCCGACCCCGAGGACCCAAAUGCACCACCCCCUCCCUAUGAACAAGCUACUGGUGGGCCACGCUAUUCACCACCUGACAGAAGGUCAUACGGUGGUACUCCAAGUAAUCGCCCAGUAAAUCAGUACCCUGGAAACCGGAAUUCGCGCAAUCGAAAUCAGUAUUCUCACCGACCCCGCCCUGUUGGUGCAGGGAUAAUGGAGACAGAAAAGAAAGACUGCAUAGUGAUGUGA